GCGAUAAGGAUCGGGUGUACGCAAGCACGUGCAAUAAACACGUUUCGAAUUUGCUUGUGCCAGCCCGGGUGUUAGGUAGCAAGCUGAAAAAAUUAGAAUGGAACCAGUGGAUGGACAUUACGGACCGCUUCCAAUAUUUCGACCACUGGACCAAGGAACAACGUCGCGAAUGUUUUACACGUGCCUAUGUGCGCCAGUUUGAACCAGAGCAAGUGAUUUUUGUCGAAGGCCGAGCACCGGUCAACUUUGUUCAUCUGGUUCUCAGCGGGAAAUGUAUGGUGUUGCAGUGUUUGAAAUUGUGCAAAUUUUCUUCCAAAAAUGGAGCUACAAAAUAUCGGCUUGCAGAUGCGUUACCCAUAGAAGACGAAGUUUCACAGUUUCAUCGCAGAAGAAGUUCUCGAAUGAUUGAACUGGAGCAUUCAACUCUCACGGCAGAUGGAAAAUUUACAUCUCUCGGAAAAACACUCACUGCCUCCAGCUGCUUAAAACCUACAGAGUCGCUAGUAGCAAAUCAAUCAUCCGGCACAACGCUCUACGAGUACCACUUCGUGGACGUGUCGACAUACGCCUGCGGCUCCGUCUUCGGCGUUGGUGAGCACAUGGACGACCGAGCAGUGGUUGCACGCGACCGCGUUCAGUGUCUCCUGAUACCGCGAUACUGGCUACUGCAGAAAUCGCAGAACAUUAACAACAUGUGGACUCGUGUCCGGAUUUUUCUGAACCAACAGCAACCCUCGAGGGAGCGACUUUUCGCUUGGUUCCUCGGAGAACUUCGCUGGAAUAAGUACCGUACCCGGACAAAGAAGGCUGCAGUACGUCUGAAAAGCAAUGCCACGAGGUUUUGCGACGUACCCUCGCUGUGUAGAAUAGAACAGAGUGAUGUUUAGUGUGAAAUGAAUCGCUGCGAGAUGCGAUCGUUCGUAUAGUGCGUUCCAUUUAAAAUGUAGAUAGAGAGAAAUUUUGCAUAUUACAAUCAGCGACGGAACAAUUGCAAUGAGUUUGAACAGCUUGAAUUCUAAAAUGAUAAUUUACAAUUCUCGACAAACAUAUGAUGAAGGCUCAAAAGCCAACUAUCAAAAAUCGCUUCGGAGGGAAACUCCGGACGAACCGUUAUUCGCCCAGCACAGCCGUUGAUAGCAAACAAAAGAGAAAAGUUUUCUCUUUCGUUGACUGCUAUGCAACGUGCUUGGGUUAUAAUAGUUUCUCCAGAACAGCCAUUAUAUGCAAAAGUGACAUAAAUGUCAUCGAGUGUUUUCAGGAAAUCCAUUUUUGUCUUGGAUGGUACGGGUGAAAGCAUGCUUUCGUCACGCGUUUUAAGUCAUUUUUUAUUUUUAAUUGAAGUUGCUUGAACGAAAAGAUGCGGAUUUUCGUAGCGAACUUAAAAAUACGAAAAAGUUAAAUUUGACCAAAGUGGCGUUUACGUCACUUAUGCAUAC